GUGACCCCACGCCGCCGUUCACCAUAAGAGCAAGCCGAGCUCUCUUCUUCUCCAACCCCACCCCGGCCCAAAUAAUACUUUUCUCCUUCCUCCACUCGCCGGCCGUCCCAACCACUCCAACCAAGAACCCACCACACGCACGCGCUCGCCGCCGCCCGACGACCUGCGACGACGCGACUUCUGGUGCUGGUUCUCCAGGGGCCUGCUCCCGUGAACCUCCCACAGGCAGAGGGCUCGCCAUUUUUCCAGUAGCAGCAGCAGGGGGCUUUGCCGGCGGGACCUCAUGCCGCUGUGGGGGACCGCGUCCGGGCCGCCGCCGCUGGCGGAGGGGGGAGGAGGAGGGGCGCAGGCGGCCGGCGGGUCGCUGGGCGGCGGCGGCGGAGGCGCCGCGGCGAUACGGUCGCUGCUGCCCACCAGGCGCCGCCUGCGGCUCGACCCGCCCUCCAAGCUCUACUUCCCAUAUGAGCCUGGGAAGCAAGUCCGGAGCGCGGUCAGGAUAAAAAACGUCAGCAAGUCCCAUGUGGCGUUCAAGUUCCAAACAACAGCACCAAAGAGUUGCUUCAUGAGGCCUCCCGGCGGCAUACUUGCUCCAGGAGAAAGCAUCAUAGCAACAGUGUUCAAGUUUGUGGAGCAUCCCGAGAACAACGAGAAACCUUUAGAUCAGAAGUGCAAGGAUAAGUUCAAGAUUGUUAGUCUUAAAGUCAAAGGGCCUGUGGAGUAUGUCCCGGAAUUGUUUGAUGAGCAGAAAGACCAGGUCGCAGUUGAGCAAAUUCUGCGGGUUGUGUUCUUGGAUGCUGAGCGUCCUAGCGCACAACUGGACAGACUCAAGCGUCAGCUCGCUGAAGCCGAAGCAGCACUUGAGGCACGUAAGAAGCCUCCAGAGGACACCGGUCCCCGUAUUGUUGGCGAAGGUCUUGUGAUCGACGAAUGGAAGGAACGAAGAGAGAGAUAUCUUGCUCGCCAACAGGUUGAAGGGGUUGAUUCAGUAUAAACAUGGUGCUGCAAACUCUGCAAACAAUAGGUGGCUUGAACAUAUAUACCAUUUUAUCACCACCACACAUCGUCCUCCCCACUAUAUUCAUCCCUGCUUUUUAGCUCUUGCAACAGCUUUGGCUGGAACCAAGAAUGAGGCUUUGUGUAAUUAGGAUUUGAGCUUCAUGCCGACUUCUUUCAUGGGUCUACAUAUAGAUAAUCAAUCACUGGUUGGUAAUAAUAUCUUGUGUGGUAAAUCAUGUAUGUGGUGUUGUAGAUUUAGAUGUGUGAAUGUGUUCCAUUCCCUAGCUGCUGUUCGUCGAGUGUAAUUUUAUCUGAAAAUUCACUCUUCAAGAUGUUUAAUGGAAGUUCUCUGUUCAUGUUACACUGUUUCCUGGAUCAACAUGUUUAUGCAGCUAAUAUUGUAGCUGGAAUUUGUCA